CGUAGAGGGCAGCAGUCAUGUUGUUACUGCAGCAGCUGGCCCGAAAACUAAAAAUAAGGAAGUUGUGAAAAAUCAUAAACAUAGUAAAGAAUGUCUUUAGAAUGGUCAAAAGAAAAAACAGAGGCUUUAGUAAGUCUUUAUCAACAAAACCAGUGUCUUUACGACCCAUCACAUUACUUGUACCGUGAUAGAAGUGAAAGAAAAAAGACCAUUUCAUACAUCGCUUCAGUACUCCAGACCUCGGAAAACAGCAUCACAAGUAAAAUCAAGAACAUACGAUCUCAGCUGUGGCGAGAGAAGUGGAAAGAACAGUAUCGGGAGUUAAGCGGUACAGAGGACCGUGGAAGCUGGUGGUUAAAAGAUUCCCUCCAGUUUCUGCAACCGUUCUUGGUCCUCAAACCAGCAACAUGUUGUCUGCCGUUGGAAGAUGGACAAGCAUUGCAAAGUGCAGUGUCUCCUGGAUCUGAGCCUGACAAAGACUUAAUGCAGACUAGCAAUAUUGACUUCCACCAUCAAACCAACUGUCAGCAUACUGUUAACAGGACGGACUUUCACAGUCCAUCUCUUCAAGUCAGCAAUCCCACCAGUGGUCAGGCAAAUAUGGAAGUUCUUCAUAAUGAUGAACAAGAGAACGAUGUAUCUGGAGGAGAUAGUGAUCAAUUUAACCAGCUUGAAGAAAUUGAAAGGAUAAAAGAUGACACUGAAGAAGCCUCACAAGAUAAUUCAACUGACACUAGAAAUGAUCCAACACGAUUCAUCUCAAACUAUCCAACAGGAAUUUUCAGGAAUGAUUAUCUGUUUGAUGGCAGAAGCCAAAAAGCUAGAUAUAAACAAAUUGGUCCAAGAUCAAAUCAGAGAAUGGCAGAAAAGUGUAAUGAACCUGGAAAUAUUGUGCCAGAAGGACGGUCACAAAUCAUUGAUGAAAAUAUUAAUAAUUGUUUUCGGUAUGUAAAUUCUGAUUCAACAUCAGCUAAUAUUUUGACAGAAUUGCAAUUGAGGAGUAAACAAAUAUUAAGCGAACAUCCGUCAACAUCCGCUUGCGAUGGAUCUCAUCCUGAGAGGUUAAGUCAACAAACUACUUAUCCAGAGUUUAGCCAAAGAAUUCCUGAUGCAGAAAUAGCAGCAUCACCUAAAAGAAACAUUGAAAGAGAUUCAAGAACUCUUCAGCAUACUCGUAAUCAAAGGAAGCGGCUUGGAAAUUCUGUGAGAAGAGUAGUUGAAAAGUACACCGGAAAAGCAGAUACAACCCGUCACAAAAAAUCCAAACCUGCGGAAAAAGACACCGAAUGCUCUUGUAAAUGGUCACGUAGCAAUACCCACGAUGGGUAUGAUGGUAGUAGUAAGUGUAGUGGUGGACAUUUACUAGUACAAGCAGUGUCAUGCCUUGAGAGGGUCUCUGACAGACUUGCUGUGGAGGACCAAUGCAGUGUGUUUGGUAAACAUGUAGCUAAUGAACUGAGGUCAGUUACAUCUCUGGAAGCUCAGAGGUGGGCCCGGAUGAAAAUUCAAAAUAUAUUGUACGAAGCGCAAACUUUUGUAAAUCCAAGCAGCUCUGUACCUAGAAGUACAGUGCAUGCUGACAUAUCUGAUAAUAGAAAUUCCUCUACCAAUAAUGGUACAGUCCAAUCAACCAGUGUUGACUGAACCCCUUCUUACAAAAUUCAAUGAUUAUCAGAGCGCCACCAUGGACAGAUAUUCGAUCAAUUUAAGUUAAUCAUCGUAGGAUCAUCAAUGGAAAUUUCAACACAUCAUAUCAACCCAUUCAUUGUUGCUGCUGUACUAGAUAAAAUAUUAUAGGAGUGAUAUUUUCCAAUACCUGAUGUGAAGACUCAGUACGUUGCGAAUAGAUUUUGCAAGCGAGUUGGGUAAGAAUCGAAUCCACGACCUCCAGAUAACUAGCCUGCUGGUGUAAUAACUACUAGACCACUGAGCUUGCACUUAGUGGCUAGUGUGGAAUCUGAUCCCCCAAUGAGCUGUCACUGGCUAAAGCUAGGGACCCCCAGACCCUAAGGGGCACUGGGAUGUUCAUCAGCAAUUUGCAUUUUGCAAAAAUAGUACGAGCAGGGUCUUUUAAUGAACAUGUUAGAACAUCUACUGUUAAUGCACUCCUAAAACGGCAUAAACACCGAAGUGAGGGCUUGUCCCUCCCUCAGGGCUAUCUACUUUGAUGCAGCCCCUGGGUAGUAGGAGCCCUAGAAAUCUUAGCCAGUGGCCAAGGCCACUUUGUUACGCCGCCACUGGAAGGAAAGAAGCGUACGCCUACAGUAAUUUGCAUUAUGAAAAUUCUAGCAAGCUAGAUAAUGCAUCUGAUGAAUCUUUAUUUAUUGUCGCAUACAUCCAAGCUCGCAUUUUUUUACGGUGGGCUUUGUGAAUAAUUCAGAAGAUGUAAUUAUGCAACCAUUUUAGUAGUUGCGGAAAAAAUUGUAACGAAGAAUUACAUGAAAAGUGAACAAAUUUUAAGAAUAAAUGGGCCUUUAGUUUACAUUCUAUCUUUGUGUACUACACAGCACUUUUAAAUCUCAAUUAUACUGCAUAUCACAUUGUAACCAAUAGCCAGACAUAGAGCUUGAGAUGUUACAAUUUUAUACAGCAUAAACGUUUGUUUGAAUUAUUUGAAUAUGAACCAUCCAAAUAUGAUUUCUGAUCAGUAGAAGGUGCUACUGUACAAUAGAUGACUUUUUGGUUCAUCUGUUCUUACUGUACAUUGCGUAAUUCUGUUAUUUUACAAGUAUGUAUUUAAUAAUGUUAUUUUGUGUUAUAAAUAGUAACGUACCUUAUUAUUUAUUUUAUUUAUUUAUUUUAUGUAUGGUCAAUAGCCUAUACAUUCUAUACACAAAACGAUGUUUAUUAUUAUUAUUGUUAAUAUUACAGUAUUGGUAUUAAUGUUACUGUAUUAUGUUUACUAAAAUUAUUCAUAUAUAAUUUAUUAUCACAGUCACUGUGUGAAUAUUAUUACAGUAUUGGUAUUAAUGUUACUGUAUUAUGUUUACUAAAAUUAUUCAUUUAUAAUUUAUUAUCACAGUCACUGUGAUUAGUAUUCAGGCACAAAUGCCAGAAACUAAAUGUUGUACACAUUUUAUUUUAUGUAUUGUCUAACUACUUGUGAAAUCAAAGUGUUACUGUUUGUAAUCUCAGUAGUACAUGUUAUUGAGUAUAGAUUGCAAUAAAAAAGAAAUCAU